AUGCGUUUCCUCUUUUGCUGUGCACCGCAUGGUCACUUCACAACUCCGCCACUCGCGCGCUCGUGCGUGUUUUUGCCAUCCGCAGCAGGGAUGUACUGUGAGGAGAAUACUCAUGCACGGCUAUCCUCCACAACCUCUCGUUGUCCACGCAAACGCGCCGCCCACCUCCUGCCAGGCGCACCUGUUGGCGAUGUGCUGUAUAAAACUACAGAAGAGCAGAUAUCCAGCUACACGAGCAUCGGAAGGGUCACGUUACAAGAGGUGCCGUGGAGGCCGCCAUCCAGCCAUAUUGUGCCGAGACAGAUCCCGAUCACUGAGCGAAUCGGCUCUAUCCCUUUCAUCUCCGCCAUGGGCAGAGGCAUUUCACUGAAGGAUGCACUCGGGCUUCGGGUGGGGGCGACCAACACCCUCCAGAGACCGGACGAUCUCGUCCUGGCAAACGUUGGGCUGACUGAAAUUCAGCUGAUAGUGCUGUGGCCGGCCUACGAAGGCCAGCGCCUCGUUUCGGUAAAUGUCCCCGUAUCGCGAUGGACGCUUGCAGCAUGCAUCGCAAAUCAUUACAAACAAUUCUUCGAGGAUAUCACGAAGAAGGAGCUCGCGGGGCCGUUUUCCACCUGGAAUGUUGGAGCACAGAGAGAUGGCAAAAUUCCCAUCUCGAAAGUCGUGUUGUUGGGUCUUAAGCAGGUCUAUGCUGAUAUUUUUUGUGCGGAAAUGGGUGUGGUGCAGUAA